AUGCAUUUCUCAUCGGCCCUCGUUUCAUCUUUGUUGGCUGUCGGGUUCGUCUGUGCCAGGCCACAGGGUCAAGUAGUGAAUUCUGUCCCUGCAACCGUCACACGCGAAAACGUGGAAGCUAGGAAAUGGGGAAACAUGCGCAUGUGUUUGGAGAAAAAGAACAAUUCUAAGUAUUUCGCCGACACUUGCUUGACUAGCAAGCUGUCUAAUGGAUUGAAUCGCCUCGACAUGCAGGCGGGCCUCGCUGCGGGGAAAGUGGCUCCAUCUUCUAAAGCUGUGUGGAGUGCCUUCAAGGUUACGGCGAAUCCCUUAGGAGAUUAUGAGCGUCCUGGCUCAAAGGAAUACUCCUUCAUGAUCGUAAAUGAAGGCAUCAGUCGUAACAGCAAGCCUCAAUGCCUCACCUGGGAGAAGGUUCCACCCUACGAAAAACUUGAAGCUGUAGAGAAAGUAUUGGGCAAAGCUCUGCCAACGAAGUCCUACUGGCUUGGUGGUGUUACAGUCCAAGACUGUGCCUUUCCAUCUAGUUGGAAAAGUUCGAGCACCACCAUUCAGCUUACGGACACUGCCUUCCGCCAACUAUUCUGGUCAAAAGUCGAAGGAACUGGGAAAAGUGAAAGGCGAAGAAUCAUUCCGCGAGUUUUUGCAGGAGGUUCGUGGCCAGGCGAUAUUUGCAAUGGGUCUCUUGGUAUCUUUGAUAGCCUGGAAACCGGCAAAGAGCCAGACUAUCUCAAGUCUAUUACGACAGCUGUUACUGGGAAGACCAGCAUCGGGUGGGGUUGCACUCCACAAAAGUGGUCGUUGGUUGCUAGUUAG